UGUGACAGAAUUUAAAAUAGUAUUAUAAUACAUAAAGAGAAAAUGUUUUAUUGGUAAUGAAGAAAUUACAGCAGAAAACCAAAACAAAGGAUAAUUAUUUAGAAGAAUUAGAGAGCGUAAACUAUAAAACAUCCUUAGAAGCAAAGAAAACACUUAACAGUAUUCUUAGAACUACGGACAAAACCACGGCUAUGCUGUAUGAACAGAGAGAAGUACUUGAAGACAUAAGAAAUGACUCGUACACAGCAAAGGAUAAUUUAGAGAAGAGCAAAGGAUUGACAGUUAAAAUGAAAAGAGCAGGAAAACUCAUUGUAAUUGGUGAUAAAGUCAGUGAUAAAUUAAAGAGUAUUUUUAAAUCAGCACCAAAACCAAAGCAGAACUUCCCCUCAUUCACUUCACCAACAGACCAUGCAGCGCCAGACUCAGAAGAAUUCCCCACAGAAGAAAAGGAAAUAACAAAAGAAACAACAAAUGAUGUACUAAUAUCUAUAAGAAAUGGGCUUAAAACCCUACACAGUAAGCUUGAUAAACAGAAUAAAGAACUGAACAGUCAAAACCCAUUAAUCCAGGAUAUAACAGAAACCAACAAGAAAUCCUCAACAGAAGCAGAAAAGGUAAUGAAAAGUCUUAAAAAAAUAUAACCCAA